ACAUAACUAGAAUGCACGAGGGCCGAAUGGCAGCAGCUACAACCGACGGAGGGGGUCCGGGUAGCCCACCGGCGGCCGCUCUGUCCGAGGCCUCCUCGGUCACCCUGGCCCCUGCAACCUCUGCCCCUGUACCUGUCCCUGUCCCUGUCUCAACCUCGGUAUCAGCCCCUGCCCCGGUCCUGGGAACGGGACCACCGCAGCCCCAACAGGUACAAACUGAAACUGCAACGCAUCACCCACCUACACUGGCCGUGCAGGGCAGCGCUGCUGCCGUGCCAGCCGCCACCGUCGAAGCCACAGUGAAAAUGUGUCACAUUGGUGUUUCGUGAUAUCCACAGAAAUAUAUUAGUAUACAGACAAGCAACAAAACGCACGUUAAUACGUACAUACAUA